GCAAUGGUCGUGCUGGGACCUCUCCUGCAAUCGGGGUAUAUAUACCUGAUGGAGAAUCGCUUUUCUUACGUGCACUGUUAUCCGUACUAUAUAUUCGAUCCGGAUCAGGAUCCGCUGUGGCAAUAUUUUCUCAUUUACGCCUUGGAGUGGCUCCACAGCACCCUGAUGGUCAUAUCGAACAUGAGUACCGAUCUGUGGCUGGUCAGCUUUGAAGUGCAGAUUUGCAUGCACUUCGAUUAUAUAGCCCGAUUGCUAGAGAACUAUAAGCCCAACAGCACACGCGACCCCAAAGAUCGAAAAUUCAUUUCGCAAAUAGUGAACAGGCAUAACGAUUUACUAGAACUCCAGGAGGAGAUUAAUGGCAUCUUUGGCAGCUCUCUUUUGUUGAGUCUUCUAACCACUGCGGGCGUAUUUUGCACUGUGGCCGUUUAUACGCAGAUACAGGGACUUAAUCUGGAGGGUAUCACCUAUGUGGUAUUUAUGUUGACGGCCUCAUCUCUGGUCUAUCUGGUUUGCUAUUACGGCGAGAAGGUCAAGACUUUGAGCACAUAUAUAACAAAUGCCGCCUACAAUCACAACUGGUCAGAUGCACCGCCGGACUAUAAAAAGUCUAUAUUGAUUAUUAUCGCACGCGCCCAGAGACCGGCCGAACUGACAGCCAUGGGCUAUCUAACGGUAUCCCUGGACACGUUCAAGCAAGUAAUGACUGUUACUUAUCGGGUUUUUGCGCUAAUCAGACAAAUGAUUGAAUAAACAUUUAAUGUACUUUCUUUCCUUUAAUAUUUAUUGCUUAGCACAGCAUAAUUCAUCUA